GAUCGGCAGAUUAAUAAUUGCAUUAUUGACAUCCACUAUAAUUCAAUGGCCACCCAGACCCAACAACUAGUACUGCUCCUGCUCUGUAUCGUGGCUUCCCUGUUUAGCACAAGCACUGGUAGCGAUGACAACCAUGUGUGGCUUCUCGGAGAGGACUCAGGUUACCAUGACAACUACGAUACUAUCUACUCGUCAUGUGACACAACUAGCAUCGUAGCACUGACAAAGGACAGGAUUGAUGUUGACUACUACACUGCUGUGGAACAGCUGAGAAUGAUUAGAUUCAAUUUUCCUCUAGCGGUUGAUUUUGUGGUCACCCGAAUGAUUAACGAGGAACAACAGGACGAAGUGUUUGUGGCCGUGCAUGAAGGUUAUAUGAGCGUCAACAGAUUUGGAAACUUCACGAUCUUCCCCAUCUCCAUGGGCAAAUCCUCCAGCCUCAUCAUGAUCUCCAACCUUGCUUGUACCACUCCCGCCCACACCGCCCACACCACACACAUACUCUGUGUCAAUGUAAUCAAAGGAACGCAAAAAAUAUGCAAGGACGAUAUUCCACCUGGUUCCCAUGGUUACUCGGACGUCUGCCCACGUUUGCAACUUGUUUAUAUAGUGACAUCGGAUCAAAAGACGAUUUUUAAAUUCAACGUUAGCGAUGAUUGUCUUGUAUUGAUAUCUAAGAAGUCUGGAAAUGACUACGGUAGUGCCAUGUGGUUUUCUUAUAAUAAUGGUUCGACAUUAUUUCUGAGUAAUGGACUGGCUUUGAAUGCUGUUGAUCUAGAGGCUGCUGGAACAUUGGGUGGGGAAGAUGUCGGCACUGUACACUAUAGCUCUGUGUCACAACUAUACAGUCAGGCAAGCCAGCUAGGAGGAUCUAGCAAACUAUACUUACAUGGCCUAUCAUAACCAUACGAAAUGGUG